AUGAUAAGACGUACACCCCCUCAAACCCCCCGGGACCUAAGCCCCAUUAAACCAACAACCAGCACUGAUUCCUCCAAUAAAACCCCUCCCACACCCUCAACAGCUCACCACGACAAUAAAAAACCCCUCGGUCAAUUUCUCGCCGAACUCUCCCCCGGACUACAAACCGGCACUGGACCCACAUUGAAACCCUCACGUCUAGUCAAUACCAACUUGACUCCUCACGCGGAGGGUAAGUUGUGGCUCCAUAAAGCCAGAGAAGCGCUAAACUCCUCGAGAAACUUGAAGACUGAGAUUACUAUAGAAAAAUCACUACAAAAACUCUAUGACUUAGCAGUCUCUGCAUCGUCUCUUCCCCCCUCCCAACAAUCGGAACCACUUACGCCCCCUCCCGCCCCCUUUCCCCAACCCAUACCUGACAUAAUGGCGUUUACAACCGCGGCCAACGAUCUUAAGGAUAAAAUUGAAGCGCAUACAAAACUAUUAAAUGAAAACAAAAACAACAUUUCACAGAUCUCAAAUAAAAUCACAUCAUUAAAUAAACCACGCAAUGACACACCCACCAACCCCCGCAACACCGUUCCUUCAAUGCAACGAUGGCAGCCACCACCUCCCCCUCUCCCAAAUUAA